AUGAGGCUAAUGACGAAUUUGUCCAGGAAAUUUGAUCUUCAGCUUAGAGCAGGCUCCAGUGGAGUUGUGCGCACACACUCUCCGCCAUCGAUCGACACUUUCACCGGCGAUGUUGUCAACGCGUCACCCAAUGGUGCAUUUAGCGGAGCUGUUCGGGGGCAGAAGACGGACAAAACAGACUCCUCGGGCACAUUGUUUGGCGUGAGUAUGUUUCUUCGCACUUGGAUGGAAGUCUCGGUCUUCGGUCUGGGCACAUCCAGCAAGGUGGGAAACGCCGAGUUCUCCGUUGCCAUUCCCCAUGAUAUCGAUAUAAAGCGUGACACUUCGGGAGGUAUUGAGGUGGUUGAUGCUGAUCAGCAAGUCAUGUCCGAAGCCUACUCCAGCGGCAUCUCCUCAACUUGGGAAGCUGACAAUUCGGCGCACGUGGUUGGCGUCCAUGGCACACCCCACAUUGUCUACAGCGGCGCUGGCGGUGACCCUCCUGACCGAGGGCCGCCCAAAUUUCCAGGCGAUUCUCUUUUCUACGGGAACUAUAUGUCCUGUGCAAAAGCGACAGUCAUUACCUGCCUGAAUUCAACAUCAUUGUUCGGGCUUUUCCCUUCCGACUAUUUCGUCGACCUCGAAAAUGGCGAGCGCAUUGAGGGACGUGGCCUGCUCGGGGAGCGAACAGGAAACUCGCGCCCGUACAAUGUCCGCACGCCGAGUGGUCAACCGUUCGUCAUUCAUUCCCCCCCAUAUCCCAACGGUGGGAAUGGCGCAGGCUUGUUGGUCGCGAACCCAAACGCUGGACGAUACAACCUGGAGGACUCGGAAGAUUGCGAAAAUACUGAUUUCACAGAGAAUGGAGACCCUGCAGCCACGUAUAUCCCGGAACAUAGUGUAGAACUUGGUUGGAUGCCGGAGCUGUUGGAAUACUUCAUGACAGGUGUCGGAAGGACCCACGAUGGUAGAACAGUCAGGUCGUUGGAACCCACAGUACCUGAAGGUAUCAUCAACGGUGGCUUCUUCAUGAUGCCUUGGGGUCAGUGGGAUGCAGGCGGACCUCAUACUAACAUGGCGAUAACGCCGCUUGAUGAGAUGUGGAGGGCUAUGGGAAGCGUCAAUAACCCAGACCCCCUCGUUAAUGCCGAGGCUUUGUUCAACCAAUUCAAGCAGCGCAUGUGGAGAGGACAGAGCCCUAUGGCUGACACGACUUGGCGCGCUAACGAUCUCGACAACACUACGCCAGUAGCAGGGCCCAUCCGGGCUCAGGAGGCCAUCUCAAUCAUUCGGAUGGGCAUCAGUGUCUUCUCUUAUCUCAACAACAACCACGUCAACGGUAACAUAGCCGACGUAAUCAACGACUUCGAAGACAUCCUCGAUAGAUUUGACAGCGCGUUGGCAAGAGCCGGUGCUGCCAUUACCAACUCUAGGAACAUGAUGCUGGAGUCGUUUUAUCAAGUGGUGAUGCCGCGGCUUGAGACUGGCGAGAGUUGGGUCAUUGAACGGAUUGAAAGGAUGAGGCGGAAUUGGCAGGCGGCGCUGACAAGUCUUGGCCCGGCACCAACAAAUGGGGUUGACCCCAAUGCCCCAUACAGAAACAACAUUAAUGGCGUGCUCCGUGCUCUCGACGGGCUUGCGGAAGAGGCUGAUAGCCGCAUGGUACUAUACACCGGUAGACUUCCAUCUCCGCCUGUGUAA